GGAAUGGCGAAGACAGCUCAUGGCGGAUCUUUCAAAUUCAGGGCGACAACCGUGAAGUUCCGUGCUUUAUAUGCUGGUAUACAGGGCUAAACCGUUCUUUAUAAGAGUCAACAGCAAUGGCGAACAUUCAUCAUUGGUUUUUGAAAGAGGUGUUCCGAUGGAGAACUGGUGCCAGUAUUGCCUGGGCUAUAAUCCUUCUACCAUUGUUCACGUCUGUCUACGUUGUCAUUGCUAGAAUUGACCCUUUACAUCCUUAUACAUGGAUCAUUGGAUGUAUAAAAGAUUUACUAUCCUUCACCAGUUUUGGAUAUCUUGUGCUAUUGUCUAUUAUAACUGGAUUUGUUGGCGUCUUCAAUGCCAAGUAUUAUACAGUUACGCCUGUUGUACAUAGAACCCGAUUAGCGUUGUUGUUGAACACUGUCAAUGUUUACACCGUAUUCCAUGCAAUUUGUCAUGGUAUUGCCGCUGGUCUCAUGACGUGGUGUCUAACAGCUGUUGGUUUUCUCUACGGUAUGAAUUAUUUCAUCAAACAAGAAAAUUACAUGGCUUUUCCUGUUGUACAGCAAGCCAAGUUGUUUCGCAUGAAGAGCUACCUUGCUACCUGUGUAUUGAACUCAGCCUGGAAAACACUGACAUCCAUGAAGUACUUGUAUCUUGUUUACUAUCUUCUAGGAGUAUUUCCAAAAACCUGGAUUAUAGAGAAUUUUAAUUUAGAAGGUACAAAUACUGUGCCAUUGGACUCUAUGAUGGGUUUGCUGGAUGUGUAUUUAUUCUGGCUAGUGUUGACAACUGGUACAUUGGUCUAUACACUGUGGUAUUUUACACUUCAAGUGUUCAAAGUAUUCAACACUCAGGCAUUUUCAUUCCCUGUGGAGUCAACCUUUGCUGAAGAUGCAGACAAAUGUCUACCCAUGGUGAUGGCCGAAAGACAAAUACCACUUGUCCAGUUUCUAGCAUUUCUGGAUCUCUCGAUGUUAGCUGAACAUAGUGUACACAGAAGAAAGCAGAUAUUCAGUCUGAGCCAGCCAGGUGGUCAUGCUCACAACUGGAACUACAUAUCUAAGGAGUGCCUAGCAACAGUAGAAAUAUUAACAAAUAAUUUAUUAUUGUUUCAAGACAAUGUACAAGUUGAUGGUUUAAGACAACAACGAGUUAGUGGUCCUACAGCCACACCAACAUGUCAUCCCGUCAAACAAUUAUUUAGCUCCCCUACUCCCUACAUCAAGCCAGCCAUUACUGGUGCUACUGGGAAAGACAGUCCACUAUGGGAUAGUUCAGUAGCGCAGAGUCCAGCUGUUUACAGGACACAUGCUUCAAUGUUAAACAGAACUGAGAGUCCUCUGUGGGACGAUACUUACGCACAAAGCCCUGCUGUGUACAGACAUACAGCAGCUGCCAAAGAACUGAUGGGUGCCAAUGGCAUAGACAAGUCUACAACAAAACAAUCUACUUCACCGAAAAAAUCUUCGUUCAUUGAGAACCUGAAGCGAAGAUCUUUAAUAGCGUACUUCAUUAGCCCUUUACCCGAGGUACCUAGCCGAGAAAUAUUCGUAAACGCACAAGUCAAUAUAUGGACUAUAGAAGCAUUGUCUAGACUUGUUGCAGCAUCAUAUACCGAAGAUCAGUACGGAGUUGUGCAGCAGUCGCUACACGAUAUCCUCACUGCCAUGUUAACUUUACAAAUUACGCUUGAUAAACACUUAAAACUGCCAGUACUUGCAGCCAAGUUGUCUAGACAAACAAAGACAGCUGAAGAAAAUCUCAAAUUCUGUCUGCGAACAACAUUGAAGUGCGCCCUCUACAGAAUAGUGGCAACAUUUGGAGAGCAUUUAAGGAAUGUGAAGCUUGAUGCAGAGUUUGAGACAAGACUUGCACAGUUCAUGGAAUAUCGGGAAUGA